AUGUCAUUAAAAGGAUCAUUGAAAUUACCAGCAGCACCAAAAGAUAAAGUUAGAAAUAUUACUAAAUUUCCAGUAUUAGUAGAGGGCGAGGUUGUUACCAAUUAUGCACAAAAAGAUGUAAGACCAAUCUUUCAAAAAUUAUCAUAUCCAGUAUUCAUAGAUUUAAGUGAAGGUAUUUACUUAUUAGAAAAAUUAAAUUUAUCAUCAAAUUCAUUAAUUGAAGUUACAUCAUUAGGACAUUUAAAUAAAUUAAAAAGAUUAAUAUUGAAUAGAAAUAAUUUAAUUGAAUAUUCAGUUCAAGGACUUUCAUCAUUAGUUUAUUUAGGAUUAUGUAAUAAUAGAAUCGAUCGUAUUACUGAUAUGUCAGAUUGUAAGAAAUUGAUUAAUAUCGAUCUUAGUGGUAACCGAUUAACAUGUGGUGAUGGAUUUGAUCAUUUCUCAAAAUUGAAAUCAUUAAAAGUUUUAGAUUUGUCAAGUAAUUCAAUCAAUUGUUCAUUAAUUGAUUUUCAAAAAAAGAUUUUAGAACCGUUAAAGAAAUCUAAAACUUUAGAAUAUUUAUCAUUUGAAAAUAAUUUAAUUGAAAAGAAAUAUGAAGAGUUUAGAUUAUUUGUAAUUAAUGAAUUACCAAAAUUAAAAUACUUAAAUUGGGUAUUAAUUUCAAAAGAUGAAAGAACAAAAGCUUCAAAAUUAGAUAGUGAAGGUUUCUUUUCAAAACAAUUAUCAAUUUUAAGUGUUACUCCAGUUGUUCAUAAUAAUAAUAAUCCAAAUAAUACUGUAACAUCAGCUCAAUCUUCACCAUCAUUAAGUAGUGUAUCAACACCAAUUCCAACUCCAUUAAAUACUAGUAGUAAUAAUAUUGGUGGUGGUGGUAGUGGUACUACUACAAGUGUAUCAGUUGGAUCAUCACCAACAAUUAGAGGUAUGCCAUCAUCACCAAAUAGUAGAUCAACAAGUUUUAUUCAACGUAAACCAUCGGUUGGUGCAAAUAUGAUGCCAAAAUUAAAUUCUUCCUUGAAUAGAUCAACUGAUUUCCUUGGUAAAGAAAGAGAGAAUCAUCAAUCAACUUCACCAUCUUCUUCAUCAUUAUCAAUAUCAUCAUCAUCACAAAAUAAUAAUAGUAAUCAUCAUCAUCAUCAUCCAAAAUCAAUUGAUGAAACACCAGAGGUAUUAUCACCAUUUGAUAUUUUACAAUCAAAAGUUAAUGCAGAGAAUUGUUUAUCUUCAUCACAACAAGAUUUAAUUGUUAAUCAUAAUAAUCUAACAACAGCUAGUCAGAUUUUACAAGAAAUUAAACCAACUAAAGAAUUAACUAAACAAGAAACUGAAGAUUAUAUUGAUAUUCUUUUGAAUGAAUUACAACCAAAUAAUACAGAUUUCCCAACAUUUGCUUCCGUUAUUGAUCAAAAGGUUUAUUUGGAUUUGUUAUAUCGUGCAAUCAUUGAGGAUGCAAUUCCAGAGGAACUAAUUGAAGAAUGUAAUAAAUCAACUACAACUGCUGCUACUGCUGCUGCUGUCGUUGAUUUUGUUACACCACAAUUAACAUCGUUAUCAUCGUCCUCUUCUUCUUCAUCAACAACACCACCACAACCACAACUACCACCACCACCACCACAACAACAACAAUUAGAUUUAUCAUUACCAUUGCCACCAGUUAAUAUUAUUAAUAUGCCAAUGGACGAUGAUGAACUAAUUAGUGUACCAACUGAUGAGAGUGAAUUACCAGUUGUAUCGACUAUUGUACCAUCAUUAGUUAAAGAAUCAUCAAGAGAAUCAUUAUUAGUUACAACUAUUGAUAACUCAACAUUAUCAACCACUCCACCAUUAUCAUCAACUACACCACCAUCACCAUCACCAAAAUUACCAACUCUUGAAGAAACUAUUGAAAGUGUUGUAACUGCUAAACCAUCUUCAACCACCACUACUGCCACUCAAACUAAUAAAGUUUCUGGUGGUUCUGCUAAAGAAAUUUGGACUAAAAUUGAUCAAAAUACUGCAACCACACCAUCAACUCCAUCUAAAAAUUUACCAAAAAGAUUACCAUCUCAAUCAAAUCUUAUUAAUAAUAAUAAUAAUAAUAAUGUUAUAAAUGUACCACCACCAACUCAAUCAAUUUUAAAACCAGUAGUAGGAGGAGGAAGUGGUUCAACACCAUCAUCACCACAAAUGAAACCAAUGGCUAAACCAAUUGCUAAAAUUCCAGCAGUUUCCACAACAACCAAUACCACCCCAACUUCCACACCAGGUUCACCAAGUAAACCAAUUAUGAAACCAGUCAUUAAAAAAGUACCUGCAAUCUCAUUAAAACAAGAUCAACCACCAAUUGUAUCACCACCACAACCACAACCACAACCACCAAUUGUACAACAAAAACAACAACAACAACAACAACAACAACAACAACAACAACCACAACAACAUUUUAAAUCAGAAAUUGAUAAAGCAUUAGCAGAUAUUGAUUCAUGGGGAGUUAUACCAACAGCACCACAAGCAGAAAUUAAAAAACCAAUAAUACCACAAGAAUUAUUAUCAAAUAUUCAAAAAGUUGAAAGUCCAACUGAAAUGGUUGAAAAUGCAACCUCAAAAUUGGAUGAAAUGAUUAUGGAAUAUCAUAAUACUUCACCAACUUCUUCACCAACUAAUACAAGAAAGAGUAUUACACCUGUUCAACAACAACAACCAAUUCAACAACCAAUUCAACAACCAAUUCAACAACCAAUUCAACAACCAAUUCAACAACCAAUUCAACAACAACAACAACCACCAAUUCAACAAAUUGAUCAAGUUCAAAGAAUGAUUAAUAAUGAAACUAAUAGAAUUGGAUCAAUGAUGAUAUUAGGACAAAACAUAUCAUUACCAAAUUGGAUAGUACCACAUGAUCAAAUUCAAGUUGGUAGUAGAUUAGGAUUAGGUAGUUUUGGUGAUUGUUACACUGGUAAUGCAUUCUCAAUACCAACGAUUUUAAAGAAAUUAAGAACUCAAAGAUUUACUGAUCAAUUUUUAGGUCAAUUUAAAAAUGAAGUUAUGCAAAUCAGAGAAUUACAACAUGAAAAUCUUGUACCAGUUUCAGGUUGUUGUUUAGAUAAUAAUAUCUAUAUCGUUCAUCCAUAUUAUGACGCAAGUAAUUUACAAACAUUAUUAUUUGAACAAUCACAUAAUAAUAAUAAUAAUAAUAAUAAUAAUAAUAAUAAUAAUAAUAAUAAUAAUAAUAAUAAUAAUAAUAAUAAUAAUCAUACAAUCAUCAGUAAUGAAUUCAUUCAUCGUGUUUCAUUGGGUAUUUCAAAAGCAAUGACUUAUUUACAUUCACAUGAUGUUGUACAUCGUGCAUUAAAAUUGAAUAAUAUUCUAAUUGAUCGUGUUAGUGGUAAUGUGUUGGUACGUGAUUAUGGUUUCAAUUUCGUAAAGGAUGGUAUUUUCCGUACUGGUCAACAAAGUUCACCUUAUUUAGCACCAGAGUUAUUCAAUAGUAAUUGUAACCAAUAUGACACAAAUUCUGAUCAAUUUGGAUUCGCAAUGAUUUUAUUACAAUUAUUCACACGUUCACCAUUGUUCCAAGAUAUUCAUGUAUCUCGUAUAACUGAUACAAUCUUAAAUGGUGUUCGUCCAGAGAUACCCGAUAAUGUUCCAUCAGUAUUUAGUCGUUUAAUUAAAGCAUGUUGGAGUGCUGAUUCAUCAGCUAGACCAUCAUUCUUAACAAUUUCAAAGAUUUUAUCACAACCAUUUCAACGUAUUUUCGCAUUAUCACCAUCAACUACAAUUACAAAACCAAUUGUUUCAACUGGUAAUACUACAAUUGAUAGCAGUAGCAGUAGCAGUGGUAGUGGUAGUAGUAGUGUAGUUGGUUCAGUUAAUAGUACAACUAUACCACCAGUAAAUAAUAGUAAUACUGGUAGUACUGGUAGUACAAGUGCAACAGUUAAACAUCAAUUUAGUGAAACUGGUGAAUUAAAUAGAAAGAUGAUUUUAGUAUUAGAACGUAUUGUUUCAAUGUUAUCAACAGCAGCAGCAUCAGCAUCAACAUCAACAAUAUCAACUGAUUCAAUAGAUUCAAUUAAACGUGCACUUAAAGCAUUAGAGAAUUUAAGUUCACCAGAGAAUCAUUCAUCAAUGGUUGGUAUUGGAUUAAUGAGAUCAUUAUGUUUUAUUGGUACUAUUCAUUUAGCAGAAAUUGAUGAACAAUUAUUACGUGUAAUUUAUUCUCUAUCAACUAAUGAACAACUAUCAAAUGAAUUCAUAUUAGCAGGUGGUUUCACACCAUUAUCACAAUGGGUAUCAUCUUCAUCAUCAUCAUCAACAAGUGCAAACAUUUCAUUAUUAGCAAUUAAAUUAUUAACAGUAUUAGCUGAUGAACAACAUUUACAUCAUGUAAGAUUAACUGGUAUUUUAUCAAGUUUAACUCAACAAUUUGUAAAUUAUACAAGUAAUAAUCAAAAUGGUGGUGGUGGUAGUGGUGGAGGUGUAAUUAAUGAAACUAUUAUUUUACAAUCAGUUGGUGCAAUGUCACGUAUUCUAUUGAAUCAAGAUAAUCAAAAUCAAUUCAUUGAAGAGGGUGGUGUAUCAUCAUUAUUGAAAAUGUUAUUAAAUUCUGGUAAUAGUUUAUCAAUGAGAGCAUUGUUAGCAUUGUGUUGUUUAAUCUCAAAUCAAAAUUGUAAAUCACAAUUACACAAUGCUGGUAUCAUACCAAAGCUUAUGGAAUUAUUAAGUUCACCUCAAAAACUUUUAAGAUUACAUUCAUUAAAAGUAAUUGAAACAAUGUCAAAAGAUAUUGAAUUUAGAAAAUUAUUAAUUCAAGAUAAUUGUUUAUCAUUAUUAGUUAAUUUAUUAUUAAAUUCUUAUAAUGGUACUAAUACUGGUAUUGGUAACAAUACUACUGGUAAUAAUAAUGACAGUCAAGAAUCAAUUUGUUCAAUUUUAUCAUGUAUCGGUUCAUUAUUAAAGAAUCAAAUUGCAUUAGAAUCAUUUUAUCAAAGUAAUGGUGUUGAUGUUUUAAUUAAACUUAUUGGUUAUAAUCAACAAAUUGAAAUUUUAGAAUCAUUAUUCCCAGUGUAUUGUUUAUUAAUUAAUCAUGAACAAUCACGUUUGAAAUUAGUACCAACUAUUAAUCAAUUGGUUGAGAUCUUGUCAAAUUCAACACUAAAAGAAUCAAUUAUAAUUUCAAUUUUGAAAUGUUUAACAUUAUUCUCGAGUCAUAGCUCUUGUAUUGAAUUCAUUGAGCAGAGUAUGUCAGUUUCAAUAGUUUCAACACUACUCAUUCGUAAUGAGAAUAAUUAUGAAAUUAAAAUCCAUUCACUCAGAUUCGUAAGUUCCCUCGCAAAGGUUAAUAACAAAUUGGCUGUCAAUAUCCAUAUGAUGGGUAUCCUGCAAACACUAGUCAACAAUCUUUAUGACAAGAAUUCCAUGAUCAAGGAUGAGGCAAUAUCAACCAUCUCUUGGUUAGUAAGCUCUCAAGAAUGUAGAUCCAUUUUCUUACAAAAGAAUGUUUUACCAAUGUUAUUCGAUUUCCUUUCAACUAGAAAUGUUGAUAUCAUGGAGAGAUUGAUUUGGGCAAUCUCUUUCUUUGCUCUAGAUGAUUCUGCUCAGUCCUUAAUGAGAGACAAUCAACAAUGUAUUCAAUUCAUCGUCAAUUGUUUAGAUAGACAUGAAGAGGUUUUCAAAACACUAUCAAUUAAAACCAUUUUAAUCUUAUCUCAAAAACAAAUUAAUCAUCAAGCUUUAAAAAGAGUUGGUGUAGAUUUCCAAUUGCAAGUUUUAUCUUCUUCUUCAAACAGAUCAAUUCAAUUAGCUUCUAAAAAGAUUUUAUCUUUAUUAAGUUAA